AUGUUACGAAGACAAGCUCGGGAGCGGCGACAAUAUGUCUACGCCAAAUCGCUCGAGGCACAAGAGCGGCAGACAUAUAACCGCAAACAACAACUCAAGGACGCGCUCGCAACUGGCAAAGCACUUCCUACCGAGCUCAAACAUGAUGCAAAACGUCUCGGACGGGACCUUGCCUUCGACGGGGCUCAGGAAGACCCCACAACUCACGUGGACAAUGAAUACUCUCGCGCAGGCAUCCAGGACCCAAAAAUUAUCAUAACUACAUCCCGCGAUCCAAGUUCCAAGCUGCUGCAAUUUGCCAAGGAAAUUCGCCUUGUCUUUCCCAACUCGCAUCGAAUAAACCGGGGCAACUAUGUGGUAAAAGAGUUGGCCGACGCUUGUAGAGCGAACGAUGUCACGGACCUGAUAGUUUUGCACGAACAUCGCGGAGUCCCAGAUGCUAUGAUCGUUUCCCAUUUUCCUCAUGGCCCAACAGUGUACUUCACUCUGAGCAAUGUCUCUCUGCGACAUGACAUCGGGACCUACAAGUCGUCGACUGUUUCAGAACAGUACCCCCACCUUAUAUUCGAAAACUUCAGCUCACAGUUAGGCGAACGUGUUAGGGAUGUUCUGAAGUACCUCUUCCCUGUGCCAAAAGAGGACAGCAAACGAGUGAUGACAUUCUCGAACGAAGAUGACUUCAUCGCUUUCCGACAUCAUGUCUUUGUGAAAACCCCUCCACGACAAGUGCAAUUAGCUGAAGUAGGCCCCCGGUUUGACAUGAAACCCUACGAGAUCCGACAAGGUACCUUCGAGCAAUCGGAGGCUGAGAGGGAAUGGGUCCUUGCCCAUUACGCACGCACAUCGAAAAAACGGACAUUAUUGUCAAUACCGGGUUCAAGUGCUGCAGAGCCGGACAGUAGGAAACGAGCAAAACGAUAA